AUGGACUACCUCUUUUAUGAUAUUUUCAAGGACGGCAAGACCCUCGCCGACGCAACACGAUGGCAGCUGAAGGACGAAUCCGACUUCGCUUGGGCCUCCUUCGGCCAGAGGCGCUCGACUAGGUCGUCGUGGCAGUGUUAUGAUUGCUUCGAAGAAAGACCUAUCCCGCCACAGAACACGCCGGAAGGUCAGUAG